UUUGAGUUUGUCUGUGAAAGUUCAUAGUAUUUUUCAUUCUACAGGUGUACGGAUGCUGGAUGGAGAUGUGACAGAUAUGGUAGAGGCAAAGUCUCUGAGCCUUAAUCCUCAGCACAUCCACAUUUACAGUGCUAGCUGGGGGCCUGAUGACGACGGUAAGACUGUGGAUGGACCCGCUUCUCUGGCACGUCAGGCCUUUGAGAAUGGCAUCAGAAUGGGACGAAGAGGCUUAGGUUCAGUCUUUGUUUGGGCAUCUGGAAAUGGUGGAAGAAGUCGAGACCACUGCUCCUGUGAUGGCUACACCAACAGCAUCUACACUAUCUCCAUAAGCAGCACAGCUGAAAGUGGAAAAAAGCCGUGGUAUCUGGAAGAAUGUGCGUCCACACUAGCUACAACAUACAGCAGUGGAGAAUCCUAUGACAGGAAAAUAAUUACUACGGACCUGAGGCAGCGUUGCACAGACAGCCAUACUGGAACCUCAGCCUCUGCACCUAUGGCUGCAGGCAUCAUUGCCCUGGCACUGGAAGCAAAUCCAUUUCUGACCUGGAGAGACGUACAGCACAUUAUUGUCAGAACUUCACGUGCAGGACAUCUGAAUGCUAAUGACUGGAAAACCAAUGCAGCUGGUUAUAAGGUGAGCCACCUUUAUGGAUUUGGACUUAUGGAUGCUGAAGCAAUGGUGACAGAAGCAGAAAAGUGGACAACGGUGCCUCCACAGCAUGUGUGUGUGGAAAACACAGAUCGGCAAAUCAAAACAAUACGACCUGACAGCAUUGUCCGUUCAAUUUACAAAGCCACUGGCUGUUCAGAUAAUCCUAACCACCAUGUGAUCUACUUGGAGCAUGUUGUUGUGCGUAUCACUAUUACUCACCCUCGACGUGGAGACUUGGCAAUUUACCUAACCUCUCCUUCCGGAACUAGGUCACAGCUCUUGGCCAACAGGCUAUUUGAUCAUUCCAUGGAAGGAUUCAAAAACUGGGAGUUUAUGACUACUCACUCUUGGAGUGAAAAAGCAGCAGGUGAUUGGAUCUUGGAAAUCUGUGACACUCCAUCUCAGCUGAGAAAUUUCAAGACUCCAGGCAAAUUGAAAGAAUGGUCCUUAGUACUCUAUGGAACAUCCAUCCAGCCUUACUCACCAAGAAAUGAUUUUUCCAAAGUGGAAAGAGUACGCUCUAGUCCAGCUGAAGACCCUACAGAAGAUUAUACAACAGAUGACUAUUCAGGUCCCUGCAAUGCAGAAUGCAGUAAAGUAGGGUGUGAUGGGCCUGGACCAGAUCAUUGUACUGACUGUCUGCACUAUUACUACAAAUCUAAAAACAACACAAGGAUCUGUGUUUCGACCUGCCCACCUGGUCACUACAAUGCAGACAAGAAACGAUGUAAAAAAUGCUCACCCAAUUGUGAAACCUGUGUUGGAGGCCAUAAUGACCAGUGCAUGACCUGUAAAUCUGGCUACUACCUGAACGAAGUAACCAAUAGCUGUAUUACCAACUGCCCUGAUGGGUUUUACCUGGAUAAGAAUAAGAUUGUUUGUCGAAAAUGUAGUGAAAACUGCAAGACCUGUGUUGAAUUCCAAACCUGCACAGAAUGCAGACAUGGCCUAAGUUUGCAUGGCACCAGAUGUGCUAUCCGCUGUGAAGAAGGAAAAUACCAUAAUGGCAGAGAAUGUGAACCAUGCCACCGUUCCUGUGCAACGUGUGCAGGUGCUGGAGUAGAUGCCUGCAUAAACUGCACACAGGGUUACUUUAUGGAAGAUGGAAGAUGUGUGCAGUCCUGCAGUAGUGGUUAUUACCUUGAUCACUCCACUGAAAGCGGAUACAAAAGCUGCAAAAGGUGCGAUGCCAGCUGUUUGGAUUGCAGUGGCCAAGGAGACAGAAACUGUACAAGCUGUCCAAAUGGCUAUAACCUAGACACUGGUGUCUGUGUCAUUGGAACAGUAUGCAAGGAUGGGGAAUAUCUUGAUGAUUCCCAAGAAUGCCAGUUGUGUGAUAUAUCCUGUCAGAAAUGCAUUGGACCUGAGUCAGACAAUUGCAUCAGCUGCCCACCCACAAGAUUCUUUGAUGAUGGCUGCUGUGUUAAGCAAUGCCCCAGAGGAAAGUUUGAAUUCAAACAACAAUGUCACUUGUGCCAUCACACCUGCCUGGACUGCAAUGGUAGUGAACCUAACAAAUGCACCACUUGUGGAACAGACAGAAGAGGGAUGGAACGUUUCCUGUAUCAUGGGGAGUGCAGAGAUCACUGUCCUCCAGGUCACUACCACUUGAACCACACCUGUGUGCCUUGCCCUGACCACUGUAAGGUGUGCCUGAACUCCAGCCAUUGCAAAAGAUGUUUCAGAGGCUACUACCUUACUCAAAAUGUGUGUCAGAAGCACAGCUGUAGAGAAGGUAAAGUGGAAGAUCCUGACUCUGAAGACUGCAUACCAUGUUCAGAUGGAUGCCAGAACUGCAAACCAGAUGAUCCAAGAAUCUGUAUAACAUGCAUUCAAAACUAUUAUAGGUAUAAGCAGCGUUGCUAUAAAUACUGUCCAGAAAAUACCUACGGAGAUGAAAGUUCUUGGCAGUGUAGAGACUGUCCUAGCAACUGUGAUAACUGUGACAACGAUGGGUGUGACUCAUGUAAGGAAGGCUUUUAUCUCUCAGAUGGUGCCUGUGUGAAUGAGUGUGGAAAUGGCUUUUUCGUUGAUCACAUCUCCAGAGAAUGUGAGCCUUGCCACAGGAGCUGUGCAACCUGUGCUGGGUACAGUUACAAGAGCUGUACUGCAUGCAGAAACGGUUUCCAGCUAUCUCAUGGACAGUGCCUGAAACCAAGAAAUUCUCUGCCAGCUGGGAACUUCUGGAGUUAUGGAAGUAGAAAAUUGCUGUCCUGUAACUCUUCGUGUAUGACCUGUGAGAAAUCUGCUGAUGUGUGUACUUCAUGUCUAGAAGGAAAAUUUCUUAUCCAUGAUACCUGUGUUUCUCUGUGCCCUCCAAAAUAUUUUGGCAACGUUGCAAGUGGAAAGUGUGAGAUGUGCGGGGAUGACUGUGAGGUGUGCUCUGACCAGUGGCACUGUCAGAAGUGUCAGGCUGAACAGAAGCAGCUGCUCUUCCUCCACAAAGGCAGAUGUUUACAGGAGUGCCCUGAGGGAUAUUUUAAUGAUUCUGAGACUUGCAAGGAAUGCAGUGGAUCCUGUAAGACAUGCAUAGGAAAUGCAACUCAAUGCCUGUCCUGUAAACGUCCUUUGCUUCUGGAGCACUCGAAAUGUAAAUCUACUUGUUCAGAGAAGCAUUUUGCCUUUGAAGGAAUCUGCAAACAUUGCCCUAAAAUGUGUCAGGAAUGUAUUCAUGAUGAAAUAUGCACAGAGUGUACGGACGAGUUUUUCCUGCACGAGGGGAAGUGUGUGCAGGAAUGCCCUUCACACUUCUACCCUGAAGACAAGCACUGCUUUCCCUGCCACAUGGACUGCAAGGACUGCAAUGGGCCUCAUUCUGAUGACUGCACAGCAUGCACUUUCGGCUUGUUUGUCCUCUACAACGGCAUGUGUUUUGAAGAGUGCCCUGAGGGGAGUUACUAUGAAGAAGCCACCAAAGACUGCCAAGCAUGCCAAAGGACAUGCCAGACUUGUUCUUCCACUGCCUGCCUAACUUGCAGAAAUGGAUGGAUAUUGAACCAUGAUGGGCACUGCAUGUUACCUGGAUACUGCUCUCCCACUGAGUACUACAUUGAGGAAACUCAGACUUGCAAAUCCUGCCACAAGAAGUGCUUCCAGUGCUCAGGACCCACUGAACACCACUGUCUCAGCUGUGCAAAUAACCGAUAUCUUCUCAAUAGAACCUGUGUUGAAACAUGCCCAGAUGGAUAUUAUGAAGAUAGCACGGAGGGGCAGUGUUCUGCAUGCCACAGCACCUGUGGCACUUGCACUAGAAAACACAGCUCACAGUUUUGCCUUUCCUGCAAACUGGGUUGGUACAGACAAGGAAAAGGAUGUGUAACCCAAUGUCCAGAAGGAUAUUUUGCACAAAAUUCUACAGGAUCAUGUGAGAGAUGCCACAAGAGUUGUAAGGAGUGUAUGGGGCCUCAACCCACAGACUGCCUUUCCUGUAAUACGUAUUUCUACCUGCUGCGCUCCACGAACGAAUGUGUUAGCUCUUGUCCUCAGUACUACUAUGAAAACAAGGACAACAACAUCUGUGAGAGAUGCCACUCUUCCUGUUUAACUUGUGAAGGGAAAGGAGCAUUCAGCUGCACAUCUUGUGUAUGGAGCUACAGUUUAUUAAAUGGAAUGUGCAACUCAGACUGUUUUGUAGGUGAAUACAAAGUCCAGGAGACACCAGGACAAAAGGAGAACAAACCCAAGUGUGAGAGAUGCGACAGCUCAUGCACUGAGUGCAAGGGACCUGGUCCUCUCAACUGCACAGUCUGUCCAGCCAGCAUGCAGCUCUUCCUGGAGGAAAGCCGCUGCCUGCCCUGCUGCAGCAACACUGACCCAGCAGAAACCCCAGAGUGCUGUGACUGCAGUUACACACAAGAUGACUGUGUAUUACAGACAACUCUACUUCCUGGGCGAAAAAGCAAAACUACUUUCUUUGUUAUCACUUGCAUUUUACUUCUGCUUGUCAUCGGAGCCAUUGUAUUCAUCUGGAGAAAGGCACAAACCAAAACCCAGCCUGUCAAUAAAGGACGGUAUGAGAAGUUGACAAAUCACUCCAAAACCUUUCCUUCCUCUGUAAGCAACUACCACAAGAGUCCCAGUUACCAUGACAAUCAAGUGAUUGAAUACAGAGAUAGAGAUUAUGAAGAUGAUGAUGAUGAAGAUGACAUUGUAUACAUGGGCAAGGAUGGCACAAUUUAUCACAAAUUUAAAUAUGGACUUUUGGAGGAUGAUGAGGAAGAUGAACUGGAAUAUGAUGAUGAAAGUUAUUCAUUUAGAUAACUUUUUACUAAUUAACUAACAGUAAAUUAGCCCUACAGUUUUUCCUACAAAAUUAUAUCUAUUUAGUUAAUGUAUUUAGUUACUUGAUAGCAUCCUGACCUCUAAUUUUUUUGUUAUUAGUUAUUGUAAAAGAAUAAUAAUUUCUAGAAACAUUUUUUUCUAAAUAAAUUUUUUCUAGGUUUUUAAGUAGCAUUCCAAAUAUAAUCUGGUUAAGAGACAAAGUUUCUAUGCAUUGGUGUGGAGAAUAAUCCUUUCCCAAUAUGUAUUUGUGUAACUAACACAAAAUUUUCUUCAAAUCUUUUUGGAGAACCCUGCCAAUCACUACUAGAAAUGUGAUAAGCAAGACGGGUGUA